AUGCAAUCUAUAGUUACAGGAUCUACUUACAGGACUCGCACAGUUCGUGGUAAAGGUGGUGAGGGUGAAGUCGUUAUAUUCAUGCUUAUUUUUGUUUGUGUUCUAGUGGUUAUUACUAUAACCACAGCUAUAAUAAGUAAAAUAUGUCAUGAUGAACGUAAUACCGAAGAGGUUGUAACAACACCGCAGCCGAGAGGAAGAUCGUUCGAUACACUGUAUCGUAAUCCAUCACCUAUACAACCACAAAGUUUAAUCAGAGACACGCCUAUCAGAAAUUCAACAGUUUCAAUACAAUUGCAACCAUCACAAAAUAAUAAUUCUAAUAUUGAAAGAGCAACAACUACAGUUCAACAACAAACUUCAGAUUUACCGCCAGCAUAUGAUAGUGUGGUAGAAGAAAGUGGAGUAAUCAUUAUAAUGCAGCAGCAGUCUUUUCUACCUCCAACCUACGAAGCUUUUAUGCAACAAAACAAUGCAAGAGAAAACUGA